CGUUUCGCCACGAACUGGACGCGGUGAGCGUCCAAUAGGAGGAGCUCUCACCUCAAGUCAUACUCGCCCUAAAAAAAGAGCCAUACUCACCGACCAGAGAUCGCCGGUCAUCUCCCCACUUCGCCGGCCACCACCCCCGCUCGACCCCUUUCCCAACCAACGCAUCCACUGCUCCUCCAGCCGGGCAGAGCGGAGGCGGCCGCUCGCGCGCGACGGCGGGUGCCGGCCACCUCCCCCAACCCUUAACCUCCCCAGUCCCCACCUCGCCGGCCACCGCCCCCGCACGGUGCACGCCCGCCUCCUCUCCACUUCUCUGCGGACGUCGCUCGCCGUCUCUGUUUCCUGCCGAUCUCACUUCACCAUCGACAGCAGGCCUACGUAUGGCGGCCAGACGCAACAUUCCUUAUUCUGUUCUUCCUACAGAGGACAGGGAUGAGGACAAUAUUGACCGUCGGUUCACAUACACCCCAAAAUCCUUGAGGAGGAUCCCAUGGAAGUCGAUUGCCCUAGCCUUAUUCCUCCUCUUCCUGGGAAGCUCUCUUCUGUUCCUUUCGUAUUUUAUAUUCACAGGUCACAUGGAGGGUGAUAGCACUCAGGUGUAUGGUCUAUUGUUCCUGGGUAUCCUUGCCUUUCUUCCUGGAUUUUAUGAGACCCGAGUUGCAUACUAUUCAUGGAGAGGAGCACCAGGCUACACCUUUGCAUCCAUUCCUGAUUAUUAGCCUUUGAUUUUAACUCAUCUACUGGGCAGUAAAGAUAAACAGCAAGAACAAAAAAAUGAAACUUCAUCGAGAAAGGAAUGAGCACGUAUUGUUAUGUUAGUACUGCAAGUAUUUGACAUGUAGGUGAAGCCACCUUCUGUUGACUCUGUUGUCACAUAAAGAUGUUUCGUCAGGCAAGCAAGACAUGUGCUGCAGAGCUAAAGCUGCUCUCUUGUGCUUUGCUUGCUUGUUCAUAGCUCUGUGGAUUGGUGUUUUGGAGUGACUUAAGAUAUUAGUGAUACGAUUUUAGUAUAUUAACCUGUAAAUAUAUAUUCUUAGGGCUUUGUUCUGUUUUGCUUGCUGAAGAGGCUAUAUUUUACCCCAUACUAAAUAUGUAGUUUCUAUCAA